GCGGGACUAGUGGUUGCGAUGCUUGUGGCGUCAGUGUCAACAAAGUUUUGAAUGGGUUAGAGCGGCUGAAAUAAGACUACAAUAAAACUGGAAUAAGACUAGUUUAAGAAAACUACACCGUUUAAACAGCACUAAAUGAGUGUAAGUAGGCUUUCUGAGAGGGUGCAGUAAUGCGUUCGGUACGAUAAUAAGUAGGGGAAGGGAUACAGGUCAGUAUGAGCACUGUCAGUAUCGUUAAAUUACAGUAGUUUAAAUGGCAGGUCCGGGUCGGUUACACUAACGAUAACGGUAUACUGCAGCAUGAGUAAGCAGAAACACGCCCAAAUAAACCGAGGAGGACAGAGGAGUCGAGUAAAAGAUGGAGGGAGGACGACCAGCUCCAGAAAGCCCAGGGAAAUCCGGGUUCUGGCAGAGAGGAAUCCGCCUGUGGUGCCAGUGGGAGCCUGGGUGGAGACUGGAGCUGAGAGACAGGAGCACCCAGCGGUCCGUGCCAGGAUCACUGAGGAGAUCCAUGAAGAGGAGCGCAGAGAGAAGGAGGAGAGCCUGCAGCGUUUUCAGGAGGCAGUGCGCAGGCGGGUGUCCCAGCAGGCCCGGCUUCGCAAUCAACAGCAGCUACAGAGGUCAUACGAAACGGCUGAGAGGGAGUGCAGAAUGGUCCAGCAGAGCAGUAACGCAGCCCAGCAUGUCCCAGCUCGAAUGAAUCUCUUCCCAUCCUGGCCACAAGGGGAGCUAGCCAUCUGCAGCCCCAACUCACGCUUAGCUAGAGCACAAGAGCCUGAGGCCCUCAGCACUGAUAACUCCAAUCAGUACACUCAUCAGCUUAGAAAAGCGAUGAAGCAAGUAAGACAUCGACUGGCUGCCUGUCAGACUGUGCGAGAAGGGGAGGAGCUAUCAGAGUUUCCAGGGGGAAUAUGGAAGCAUGGAUCACAUGCCAGGAGGAGACCUGAGGAUGACGAGGAAGAUGAAGAACAGCAAGAGAAUGAAAAUGGAGGUGGAGAUGAAGACGAGAUUUCGUUAGCAGGGCAGCAUGAUCAACCACUUCACAGUAGCAAAACAGUCAUGUUUCAGAAUGAUCUGUUGUUAAAAGAGACAUAUCUCACAAGCCUCAAAACAGCAGACAGCAGAUCCACUCAGGUGCUAUGGCCAGGACGGGAUGAAGAAGAGCUGAAGAGACAGAAGCAGUCUCAGUUCACCAUGUAUCGCCGCCUCUUCAUGGACAUUGAGCGAGAGCAAGUAAAGGAACAUGAGCGACACAGAAAUCACCUCAGGAGAAUUGCAAGAAUUAAAGCAGAGAAAGAACGUCAGAGGAGAGAGGAGGAGAGCAGAAUGCAGCAGGAGAAGAGCAGGAGAGAGGUCGCUGAGAUGGAGCGCCUCCUUCUGGAGCAGCUCAGGCUGGAGACAAAAGAUCAUGAGGAGGUGAAGAGGAGAGAAAGAACAAAGAAAGCCAAAGAGACCAACAGGUAUAUUGAGGCUCUCCGGGUUCAGAUGAAGGAGAAGCUACAGCAGGGGAAAGUGGAGCUUCCACCACUCUGCUGCUGUGGGGACAGCUUCUGGGACUCCCACCCCAACACCUGCGCCAACAACUGCAUCUUCUACAACAAUCCUAAAGGCUACGCUCAGGCCCUGCACUCUGUCCUGCUGAGCUGUGAGCUGAAUGAAGGCGGCACUGGCCACAGGAGCACUACAUGGAAAAUCGCCUCCAUGCAGGCAAAGUCACCUAGAAAAUGACCCCAUGCACGGACCUUGUAUUAAAUGAGCCAUAGGACAGUAAGUGUCAGGUUCACAGGAGUUAAAAAUACCUCAGCAUUCAGAUUAGAUUUUUCUGGACUGUGCUGUAAUCUAAGCAAUGAAGUUUUUAUUAGGCUUUUUAGUUGUUGUACAGGGGCAUUUUUAUUGUAUUGAAAUGGAAGGUACAAAAUACAUUUCCUCUGAUGUUU